AUGAACAGUAACUUUUGCCGAACCCUGGUGGACUGUGGGGCCCCCAGCGGCAUGCAGCUGGGUGUUGUGGCCCCUGCGGGACAGACGUCGCUGGCAGCCACCGAGCCCCUGGCCAACGUGCCCUUCUUGCUGUACCCAGGCCACGCUGAGCCGCCUUACUAUGACACUUACGCUGGGGUGUUCCCUUACAUGCCCUUCCCAGGGGCCUUCGGGGUCUACGAUUACCCGUUCGAGCCCGCCUUCAUCCAGAAGCGCAACGAGCGCGAGCGGCAGCGCGUCAAGUGCGUGAACGAGGGCUACGCGCGCCUCCGGGGCCACCUCCCAGGCGCCCUGGCCGAGAAGCGCCUCAGCAAAGUGGAGACUCUGCGCGCAGCCAUCCGUUACAUCAAGUAUCUGCAGGAGCUGCUGAGCGCCGCCCCCGACGGCGAGCCACCCGCAGCCACCUCCCCGCCACCCGCCCACAAGGGUCAUGGCAAGGCGCCGCAGCCCCCUUCUCUGGUGGCCAAGUCCACUAGGUCUUCCUCCUUUUCCUCCUCGCCUUUCUUGGAGUCAGAGAAAUCCAGCCUUUGAUCUGGCCAGAGGCCUUAACUUGUCCAUCUAGGAAACAGCAUGGCUGCUUCUGGGUCCUCUGUGCCGGGCAGGAUGGUGAAGUUCGAGGUCUGUGAGACGUGCGGGCCUGAGGUAGAAAGGGCCAGAUAGGGAUCCCAGGAGGUGGUGAGUACAUCGAGCCGCGGAGCCCUGGGCAGCUCCUGGCCGGCCUCCGCGC